CGACGUCACCUUUGGAAUCUCCUCCCCUAUUCUGGCUUUUGCGACCGCCUCUCUCUCCUCCGCCUGCCUAUCCGCUCCAUCCUCCACACGUCAGGCGUGCCGUGUCUCUUCUUCCUUCUCUCCCUCCCUCCCGUCCGAGCCUGCUAUAAAAUCCCUGCCCCCUCCCGUCUCCUCUCCACACAUCCGAUCCAAUCCAAUCCAGUCCCCGUCCAAUCGAAGCGAAGCGAAGCGAAGGCUCUCUCGUCCUCCUCCUCAAGAUGCAGAUCUUUGUGAAGACCCUCACCGGCAAGACCAUCACCCUUGAGGUCGAGUCCUCGGACACCAUCGACAACGUCAAGGCUAAGAUCCAGGACAAGGAGGGCAUCCCUCCGGACCAGCAGCGUCUCAUCUUUGCUGGCAAGCAGCUUGAGGAUGGCCGCACCCUCGCUGACUACAACAUCCAGAAGGAGUCCACCCUCCACCUGGUGCUCAGGCUCCGUGGUGGCAUGCAGAUUUUUGUCAAGACCCUCACUGGCAAGACCAUCACCCUGGAGGUUGAGUCCUCGGACACCAUUGACAACGUGAAGGCGAAGAUCCAGGACAAGGAGGGCAUUCCCCCGGACCAGCAGCGUCUCAUCUUCGCUGGUAAGCAGCUUGAGGAUGGCCGCACCCUGGCGGACUAUAACAUCCAGAAGGAGUCCACCCUUCACUUGGUGCUCCGUCUCCGUGGUGGCCAGUAAGUGCCUGGCAAUGGAGCGGCUUCUCUGCGGGUUCACAGGUCUUGUGUCUUCGAUAUGUCCUCCAAUGGUGCAUGUGUCUGUCGUCCUGGUCGUUUCUAUGUUUCUAUCGUAGUGUGCUGCAUCGUUAUGUUCGGUUGUAUUUGAGAACUGCUGCUGUUGUGAACAGCUUUGGUGAACUUGAUAAAUAAGUGAGCCCCUAAUUGUGUCUGCA